CAGGCCUGGUUUCCCGCCGGCCUGGAAAAGCAGACGGCCCUACAGAGACGUGGAGAACUCGGUCAGGAAAAGCCAGGCUCGGGCGGAAGUCACUCUGAGGCGUCGGCAGGGGAGGCCAGUGAACGCCAGCGGGGUGUUGGAGCGACCGGGGCUUGUGAGGGCCCCACGGCCCUAGCAGGUGGAAUUGGGCUAUUUGCUGAAGCUUCUUUCCCUGGUAGGCCAGGGAAAAAUUUACAUUUUGAUUUUCUUUUAAUCAUGGCUUUGGUUCAUAAAUUGCUGAAUGGCACUUAUAUUCUCAGAAAAUGCCCGAAGCCAAGUGUUGCCUCUUGUCCAUUUUUGAGUACUCGCUUUGCAGAUUAUUGUUCCAGCAGUCUUGAGAAACCAGUGGCUGCUCCUGGCAAAGCCUCUUCUCAGAGGAAGACUGAAGGGAAUUUGGAAGGACAUCACCAGAGAGAAGUUGAUUUGGAUAUAACUUCUCCUGAGGACAAACCUGAAGUUAGUUUUGAUAAAGCAAUUAAAGAAGAAAUAAAGGACCAUUUUAGGCGUUUGAAGGAUGAUAUUGUGAAUCAUUGGAUAGGGCCUGAAGGCCGCCCUCUGCAUGAGGUCUUGAUGGAACAAGCCAAGGUUGUCUGGCAGUUCCGCGGCAAAGAAGAUUUGGAUAAGUGGAUAGUGACUUCUGAUAAGACAAUUGGUGGCAGAAGUGAAGUGUUCCUGAAAAUGGGCAGGAGUAACCAAAGUGCACUGCUGUAUGGAACUCUGAGCUCUGAGGCACCCCAGGACGGGGAGAGUGGCCGAAGUGGAUACUGUGCAAUGAUAUCCAAGAUUCCAACGGGCCCUUUUGAGAGGAAGAGGUUUUAUGAUUGGUCCCAGUUCAACACUCUGUAUCUUCGUGUCCGUGGGGAUGGUCGACCUUGGAUGGUGAAUAUCAGGGAGGACACGGAUAUAAUCCAGAGGAAGGAUCAGAUGUACAGUUACUUCAUGUUCACCCGUGGGGGGCCCUACUGGCAGGAAGUCAAGGUAACAGCAUUCCUUUCUCCAAAUUUUUCUUCUCUAAUCGAGGAAGAAUCCGGGAUGCCCAGUACCAGCUUCUGCUUGACAAGUUCUGGAGGCUGGGAAGUCCAGGAUACCUGGUGUCUGGGUCAUCUUCUUCCUUACAGAGAAACCUUCCAGCAUUUUAGACUGUAGUAGACAACUGGUACUCUGCACAUGGAAGUAGGGAAUAAGAGGGCUUUGCAUCCUGACUUUUCAGUCCAUUUCAGUAUGGUGACUGGACCCUACCCUCUGAGAGUUAAUUUAGUUGCCUGGGAUUUGGUGAGGCCUAAAUAUCAGUGUUUUUAAAAAGCUCCAUAAAUGAUUCUCCCACACAUCUUGGGUUGAGAACCACAAUAUAAAAUAAAUGUUUUGGUUGUAAAAGAAUAAGGAGGCUUAAAAAAUGGAAGGUUUUUAGACAGAGGUGAAAUAUUACAGAAGAAUAAUAGUUCUAAGUGAUCUAAGAUCCAAGGUAUACCCAAAGAAGGGGAUGGCUAAUGAAGAGUGGAAAAGAAAGUCACAGGACUUAAGGAACAGGGAGGCAAGGGUAGUAAGGGACAUCCAAGUGGACUUUUGAAUUCACCCAAAGUAAGGUCAGGACAGGAGAUGAUGAGCCAGGCAAUGAGACAGUGAACACUGGAAAGCAACAAGGAAGUCAACAGAUGAGAGAUGAGAAUUGGUGAGCCUGAACUCAAAGGAGCAGGGAUAUUUACGUGAGGGUAGAAAGACGCUAUCUGAAUCCUACUUUCCAACUCCCUGGAUAGUCAUGAAGAAGAAGAGAGGAAAAAGAAACUGUUCUCAUUACAGAAGUGUAACCCUCAGGUUACACAUAUUGCUGGAGUAUAGACACACUUUAAAAGUACUUAUUGCCCCCUUACCCCCAUUAACACAGUACAGAAGAGGUUCUAUAACUGGUUUAGAAACCUAUUAACAUGACUCCCAGAGAUGUCUUGUUUUAACCCCACACACCUUCACCAGGGUAUGUUAGUUUGGGAGGCCAGCAGUGAUCAGGUAGCAUAUGUUCAUUCCUGAAUGCACCAUGAUGUAACUGUAAAGACUUGUAUAAGCCCAAGACUGAAGUGGCACAGCUGGUUCUGAGAGUCCCCAGCACACAGUCAGACUAACCUACAUACAGAGCUGCUCCAACUCAUAUAGUUAAGGCUAAUCUACAUAGGGAGAACAAGGCAUCCAGAAGGUCAUGCUCCUUAGAUGUGACCCACACCUGUGCACUUGCCUAGGUGACGAUUUGGAGGUCUGGAAGCUUACCCAUCUGUCUGUCCUUGGUAAUAUUACUGAUCUCUUUGCCAUGUAUUUGGACUGUGCUGACUCCUGCAGCUUUAGAUAAACUGUCUAUGUCAGUUCUUUCCACCAACCUAAGCUCACUAUUGACAGAUUCACCACUUAGGAAUUCUAUAGCUGACCAAAUUUUGAUUAUCAUCCUGCUCUUGUGAAAGUUCUUCAAAAUGGAAUGGCUCUUGAGAUGCUGAAUUUGAAACAUGAUAGAUCAUUUUAAAUUUAGCCCAUCAAUUACCACCCAAAGUAAAAUCCUGAUUUCAGAUGGUACUACGAUAUGUAUCCUUAACCAUGAAAAACUUUUUAAUUAAUUAAAAUAUCUAUAUUGAUUUAGUUGAUAUAGAAACUUAAAGGAAUCCAAAAUCAAUUUUAUUGUCUAUUUUAUAUUAAUUAAACCUGGAAUCAAAAAGAAUUUUGAACAUUUAAAGUUUUUAAAUGUUUAUAACCUGGAAUACAGA